UAACAAAGAGAAAAAACGAAAGAAAAAAAACAGACCCAUCAAUUUCUUCUCUGUUACAGUACAGCUCUUACAGGAUGGUGCGGAAUUGGAGCUAGUGAAUCGCGUCUACAGAGGUCUGGACUCGACUGUGUGCCACUCUGUGUGGGAGACCAAGAAGACCUCACAGCAGCUUUUGCGCACUGGAGCUUGCCACAUCCCUCCGAAUGCGGCCGUUGGAUAGUGGCGUUUUCGCGCUUUCGCUUCAACGGCACGAUGCGAUCAAGACGGACUGUGGAGGGACCUCGGAAAUGGCGCUAUGUGAGAUACGGGCCGCCCAGGCACCGAGUACUGAGACAGUGCGAUUUGAAGACGAGAAGGACACAGGAAGGCGAAAUAUUACUGGUGUUGCGGAGAACGCGCCUGUGCCGAGCAAAUCGAAGCUACCGUGGGAGCUGCAGGCUGGCACGGCUUUCACUCGGUUGUGGCCCGAGGCGAGGGUCCCUCACAGUACUCGUACAUACGCCUUACAGUGAAGCGAGAUGCAUUCAUGCUCACACAUGCAUCUCCUGAUUAAUGUGCUGCCGUUGGUAGCAGCCGAAACGAAAUGCUGGGCUUGAUUGGUUUUUUCUGCCAGCACCUAUCAAGAUACCAAAGCCUGCCACCCAUUGGUCAAUUCAGUCAGCAAUGCGACUUGAACCUCUGAUCACGCAGUUGCAUUACCUACAAAGUAUGCAUCAUGACCUAGACCAUUGCUACCAAGGCUCCCGGAUCUGGUUAUAUGAUGGCGCAGAGCUGUUAUUCUAGGCGCGGAAGUGAGCCUCGCCUGCUGACGGCUCCCCUGAGGGCAAUGAGCAUCAUCCUUGUUGCUCAAUCAUUCUCACGCUUCUGUUGUUCCAUC